GCCUGUCUCCAGCACACAGUCCAGCGGAACAGAGCAGAAGUAGCGUACUAGCAUGGCGCUCGGUGCAGUUGGAGUUCCGUUGUCUUGCCUGUGUCCUUUUCAUGUUAGGUUUUACUUUACUAUCUGACAGAGGCGUGUUUGUAACAUACUUCGUACGCCUAUAAAGAAAACAUAUCUCGGAAGAAGAGUAGUAUUUGUUUGGCGAAUACUCCAGAUAAGUGGCCAGUAUAUUCCAGGUAGCUUGCUAACUAGUAACGUUAGCAAGAAAGCAAAAAUUGGGAGAUACGGGGCAACAAGAGGAGGAGUCCUGUUUUGGAAGAGCUGAGGCAGAUGUCAUGGCCACAGCCGAGGUAUGGCAGUAACGUGACAGUACUGGCCCUGCUUCCAAACAAUUACCUAAUCGGCAUCAUGGUUUUCUGCUGAAGUAGUGGCAGAACACACAGAGAAUGGACGAGUCAGUAUUGUUGGAUUUGCUCGAGUGCCCUGUUUGUCUGGAGCGACUGGAUGCCUCAGCAAAGGUCCUUCCCUGUCAGCACACCUUCUGCCGCCGAUGCCUCCAAGGCAUCCUAGGCUCACGUGGAGAGCUGCGUUGCCCAGAGUGCCGGACGUUGGUGGAGUGUGCCGUGGAUGAACUCCCAAGCAAUAUCCUUCUUGUGCGCUUGUUGGAUGGCAUCAAGCAGAGGCCUCGAAGGGCUGGUCCUGGGGCAGGAGCCUGCACCAAUGGUACGUCUGGAGCCAUGGCCAGAGCACACAGCAGUGGAACCAGGGACCAGGGAACCCCAGGAGCACAACCCCAGCGAGCUCAGGCAAAGAGCACCCUUGUCCGGGGUGUACCCCAGCUCCCUUGUGCUAAGGCGCUCUACAACUAUGAUGGCAAGGAACCAGGAGACCUCAAGUUCAGCAAGGGUGACAUUAUCAUCCUGCGCCGGCAAGUGGAUGAGAACUGGUACCACGGGGAGAUGGGAGGAGUCCAUGGCUUCUUCCCCACCAACUUUGUCCAGGUCAUCAAGCCGCUGCCACAACCACCACCUCAGUGCAAAGCUCUCUAUGACUUUGAGCUCAAAGACAAGGAGGCAGACAAGGACUGUCUGCCCUUCUCCAAGGAUGAUAUCCUGACUGUGAUCCGCAGAGUGGAUGAAAACUGGGCAGAGGGAAUGCUGGGAGAUAAAAUUGGAAUUUUUCCCAUCUCAUAUGUUGAGUUCAACUCGGCAGCUCGGCAGCUUAUAGAGUUGGACAAGCCAUCAGACUCCAAUGGAGACUGUGGUGAGGGGGCCUCCUCGGGGCCCCAGAGCAAUGGUGCUCAGCGGGCAGGGGAGAAGAAGAACAGCAAGAAGCGACAUUCCUUCACCUCUCUCACCAUGUCCCACAAACCCAUGCUAGCUCCUCCCCCCCAGCGGCACUCCAUGGAGAUCAGCGGGCCGGUCCUCAUCAGCUCCAGCAACCCCACAGCAGCUGCCCGAAUUGGAGAGAUCAGUGGGGGGCUUUCCUGCAGCGCACCCUCACAGGUACACAUUUGCACAACUGGACUAAUCGUGACCCCACCCCCUAGUAGUCCUGUAACUACAGCAACAGUCUUCACAUUUCCCUCGGAGACGAGCUACACAUCCAUCCCUGUGGAUGCUCUCCCACCGCCCCCGCCUCCUCCCCCACAGUCCUCUGUUGAUGGAGCAGCAUAUUCAUUGGCUGCCGGACAGAGGCCCUCCCCCAGCAUAAGUGACCAAAGUGGGAGACAAAGACCCACAGUCUAUGUGGCAAUGUUCCCCUAUACUCCCCGUAAGGAGGAUGAGCUGGAACUGAGGAAGGGAGAGAUGUUUCUGGUGCUGGAACGCUGUCAGGACGGCUGGUUCAAGGGCACCUCCAUGCACACUGGCAAGAUUGGAGUCUUCCCUGGGAACUACAUGAGCCCAGUCAGCAGGACUGCGUCAGGGAGCACCCAGCCCAAAGUGCCCAUGAGUCUGUGCACUCAGGCUGGCAGAGGGAUCACCAUUGUAAGCCCCUCAUCUGCACCUCUUGCGACCAUUGUUCCAGGUCCCGAUUUCAACAAACCCAUCACCGUGGGCUCUAGCGCUGUACCCACCAACUCCCAGCCUGCAGCUACAGUAACGGCAGCUCAAACAGCCACAGGUCAACAGCCAAAAGGCCCUUUGCACGUCAGCUCCCAGAUGACUGUAAAUCAGGCCCGCAAUGCGGUCAGAACAGCUGCAUGUCACAGUCAGGACCGACCUACAGCAGCUGUGACACCCAUCCAGUCUGCAACACCUGUAACCUAUCUCCCACACCUUGCAGUGUGCUCGCAGCCUUCCUCCGGUCCUGCCCAAGGCUGUACCCGGGCUGGAGUGGCAAUGGGCUGUGCCGCUGCCUCUCUGACCCCACCCAAUGUCAGCGCUGCAUCCUUGGAGGGGGAGGCUUUGAGACCUGUACCUAUCCUCACUGUGCCAGUCGGCCCCAUGAACAGCGCUCUCAAUCCCACGUCGAACAGCACAGCUCUCGCUUGCCGACUGGACAAGGACGUUAAGAGAGAAAAGAAAAGUCUUCUGAAGCUGUUGUCCUCCAAUAAGAAGAAGUCUCGUCCUUCACCACCCUCCUCUCCUACCCUUGAGGCGGAACAGGCUGCUGCUGGAGAGGGGCUUCAUGGCGCAGUGGGCCCUGACACUUCCCCACCAUCCGGCUCUGUCAGCUGCCUCGAGCCUGAACCUGCUGCUGCUGUCGCUUCUGCCUCUUCAUCCUCCUCCUCAGCCCCAGAGUCCUCCCAUCGGAAGAGCAGUCCUCUGGAUGGAUGCGCACCUAUUGCUCCUCCUCCUCGCCAGCCGUGCUCCUCUCUCUUAUCUCAACAACAUGACGCACGGCCCAUCAUAUGUGAGAGGUACAGGGUGGUGGUAUCAUAUCCUCCCCAGAGCGAGGCUGAGCUGGAACUUAAGGAGGGCGACAUUGUGUUUGUUCACAGAAAGAGGGAAGACGGCUGGUUCAAAGGCACACUGCAGAGGAACGGAAGGACCGGACUGUUCCCUGGCAGCUUUGUAGACAGCAUCUAAUUCACACACUACAGCGAACCACGGUCACCACAAACGUGACCCAGCUGACUGCUGCUAGCCUUGCUACAGUGUGUUACCGUGCAAACUGAACGGAUCAGCACUCGCAAGGCUGCUGGGACGGGACCAUCACAUGAACAAUUGAGCUCCUUAGAGCCCACUGCGGCUCUGGUCACUGAAAAAGAACGCUAGUGGCACACAAGAGAGAGCUGCAGAGAAGAACAGAUUAUGUUGACAUUGAAAGCACAGUGGACAGAGUAAAAGGAGAGCACACUACUCAUGAACUUUUCCUUUUUGUUAUUUAUAUCUUUGUAACAAUUCAGCUGUUAAAUGUGUGCCUUGUACUGUUCCUCACUUUAUUGUACAUAAGGACACAAAGAUGAUUAGUCCUAAAACAACCAAUAUGAGCUGUUGAUAUAGAUAUAUUACACAUUUUAACUUAUUUCAUAGAUUGGCAUUUCUAUAGUGCAACACAUUAGAGGGUUAAGCUGGCACAUGCCUUAUGCCAUAUAUUACCACAUCAGUUCUACAUUUCUCCCUCUGACUGCUGAAGUUUUACCAUUAUUUCAAACUGUCAGCAGAUAGGAGUAGGUAAAUCAGAUGCAGCAGACCAGAACAAAUGAGCAGUAUCAUCAUCAGCUGUGCUGUACAGUAGGAGAAAAAAAAGAUACUUCUGCAGUUCUAAAGGCAUUACCAAAACCUGAGGAUCAGCAGAGAGAUCUGCCGUAUUGCACGUUUGAGCACUCUAGCUACAGUUCACAGCCAUGUGAACAUUGCACAUCACAAAGUAUCUCUCUGGGCCAUCCACAGGCCUUUUUCUUCCGGUGUGGCUGAGGCUGAAGUGUCAAGGACUGUUACCUUCAGCCAUCGAACAUUUGCAUGUGAUUAGCAAAGCCUUCUGCAGUAGACAAAGUGGUGAUAGAUGUGUUGCCGGACUGUUCGGUUAUGCCUUUUUAAUAUGCGGGAAACACACUCCAAGAUAGACUCUGCAGUCAAAUAUUGCUUACUUUGUACCUUCUUUGUAUUUACUGACCAGAGUAGCUUGUCUCCUAACUCCUCGGCAAAUAGCCAAACCCAGACGUAGCUCUACAACACAAGAGCGACAUAACAUUUCAGUAACAGUGCACAACAGAUUCUUUUUCAGUGUAUAUUUAUGUUCGUUAUAAAUUCCACAGAGGCUGACACCUGCUGCUCUUAAAGAAUCUGUCGUAUAACUAACUUGGACACAGGACCACACUCACCCUUCAGCAAGCUCUCAGUUUUUGUACACUAUAACUCAUUCCUAAUGUGACUUGUGGCAAUAAAAACACAGCUAGCUAAAGCACAGAAUGUUUGCCUAAAGUAACAUAUCAUUGUAUCACUCCACAGGAAGAGAUGUGUAGUGUAAUUCUGAUGAACCUCAAAAGAUAAGGUUUUAUUUAAAUCAAUCACUUUGACCCCCUUGAUUUUCUUUUCUUUUUUUUAUGGAUGGGUUGUUGUACUUUACGUUUAUACAAUGGUUUUAAUGUUAAGUGUUGUAUUGACUUGAAUGACUGUAAGAUUUCUUUGUGAUUCGAGGGGAUUUGGUUGUAGUUUUGGUGCUUAAACAUACCGCAAAGAAUAGGCAGUUUUAGAAUCAACACUUUGGAGAAUGACACCCAGUUUAUUACAUCAGAUCAAAUACGUUGAUGUGUCAUAAAUACAUUGGAUAGAUGAAUGAAAUUCUCCAGAGUAAAGGUUAAUUAUUGGUUAGCAUUAUAGACUGACUCCUCCUGCUUCAGUGGACCCCACAGCAUUUAAUGUAAUGUGACAUAAUCACUGUGAGGUCUGAGGGGGUAUUUAAACACUUUAAAGUCGAGGCAAUCACUGAAUCGUGCCAAAUUUGGCUUUGAGAAUGAAUUUACUGACUGAAUUGGACCCAUAGUUUCAAGUGUGGUUUUUUUUUUUGUGUGUUUUUGAUGUUAAUUGAGGGGGACCACUGUGUAACUGACUGCUGGAAUAUAUUGUAGUUUGUUUAAAUUGGAAGAGAGUAUGGAAAAGGAUGGUACAAAUCACUGUUAGGGCCUUUUUUUUUGUCUUUCUGAAUUGGUACUUAUGUAGAAUUAAUCUGAAAUGUUGCAUUGUUGUCUUGGCAAUCACCACACCAACCUCAGGCUCUAUGCUAUACUCUUCCUCUGAGUGUCUUUUCAUUUCACUGGUAAGCCUUUUAAUAUACACAUCAACUUACUCCAACAAAGAUGUAACACAUUUAUGCACUAUGAUAAGAUUCUAAAUCAUACUGACUCCUGGUACGUAUUGUACAUGCAUAGGCUGCACAGUUCUCAAAAUAUGAAGCAUUAAACUAUAUUUUCAUUUAUUGCAACACAUGGCAACAUAUAUGUUUGCUUGACUCAACCUAACAGAUUUUCCUCAUGCCAAGGUGACUUACUUGAUUUUUUUUUUUUUUUUUUUCUUUUUCUUUUUGUCUGUAGUUAGUCUGUUUGUCUGAAAAUGGUGAAACUGAAAUCAACUUAUUUGGCACAAGUCUAUUAUGUGAAAAAACAUUCUGAAGUAUUUGAGGGAAUAGCACAUUUUGUAAAAAUCUCUAUAACAAUAAAAGCUAAUGGUUUCCAUAA